UCAUAAGGCUGAGUUUAGUGUAAAUACAUAUCAACCUUAUACUUUAAUGGCGUAGGAAAGUUUGUAUUAGAACCUCAAAAUUACUUAACCUACCUAAGAGCUACCUAACCUAAUUUUUUGUUUGGGUUUCAAACUCCGAGUCGCAUACAAUCUCUACCUAGGUACCCAGGGGUAUAUAGCCGUUCUCACAAAGCUCAUCAACGUCCCCUGUUUACAAGGGAAAACAAAUCUGAUUUGAUUAUAAGAAGUUCAAUUAACUAACAGGUACUUAACUGAAAACUUUAAACCUCUUGGUAGAGGUAAUAAAGGAAAAUACCAUGUAUCCUCUCACUUGCGUAGACGGGUACAGAAUACCCGUACGCGAGGAAGUCUACGUCCUCGACAUCAUCCCCCUUGCAGCCGGUCCAGCGACUAUCUCCUCGGACCAGAAGCUGUCAUUAUUCAACCCUACAAACCUCAAGGCAGGACCCCAGCUCAACCUUGUCACGCGACACGGCAACAUCACCAGCGCGAAGGCGUACGACGUAGGGAACGCUGUUGUCUGCACGGCGGGCGAGGAUGGCAGUGUGUCGAUGUGGGACCUGAGGAACGACCCGAGGCAGGCCGAAGUAGCAAGAUUAACAGAUAAUCGAGUCUCCGUAUUGUCUUUAGCAUGCUCAAGUGCCGGCUACUCAAUUGUGGCCGGAACUGAACUUCAAGAUCAUCAGGCAUCUAUAUUAAUAUGGGACGUCCGUUCAAAUUCCGCACCGACUCUUCACUAUAAGGAAGUCCAUAGCGACGACGUGACAGAGCUGAAUUUCCAUCCUAACGAUCACAAUAUUCUUCUAUCAGGAUCAACCGAUGGUCUCGUAAACAUCUGCGACACAAGAAUCGCUGAUGAGGACGAAGUUAUAAUCCAGACUUUCAAUCACGACGCCUCCAUCCACCAUGCGGGGUUCUUGAAUGAUACCGAAGUAUAUGCACUAUCCCACGAUGAGAAACUGGCUCUUUACGAUGUAGCCGAAAACCACCAAAAUGGGGCGGCGACGACCGAUUUUGGGGAUAUGCGACAGGUCCUCGGCUGUCAAUAUAUCGCUAAUAUCACUGCGAAAUCAAACGGGGCCGGAGCAGUGAUUGGCGCUGGUGCACAUGAGCAGCAAGCAUUCGAAUUGAUUCAUUUAACGAAGGGUCAAGGGUGGAAUUUGGACCGGGAUAAUAGCGUGGGUUUGCCCGGAGCCCAUUCUUCGGAGAUCGUUCGCAGUUUCUGCUUCUACGACGAGGCGCAGACGGUCUUCAGCGCUGGCGAGGAUGGAUUUAUCAAAGCAUGGAGACCGAAUGCAUAAUCAAAGAGAAAUUCCCAUCCUCAAGAGUAUUUGUCGUGCUUACUCUUGGACUUCAGGUCCAGUAGCUGUUCAUAGUAGUCACCCUCCCUUCUUGCUUUCUUCAGGGUCCUAACCUCAUCCUCGUUGAGUCGUCUGCCUACGGCCUCUUCAAGCUCCUUCCGGCUAAUCCUUUCUUUUGCUUUCUCCUCCUUCGUUGCCUUCAAUCUGGGUUUAAAGCGCGCUUGCAUGCGGAUUCUCAAUGUAGUGUCGAAGCUGAUUUCUGUCGCGUCACCACGGACCUCGGGCACCCCAUUCGCCUUCGUAGGUUCCUUGAUGGUUAAGAAGGUUUCGCUCUGGGACUGGAUCUGGAAUGUCCCCGGCGUAUCGGGAGUCGGGAUCACGGUCCACGUUUCGAGCGGUGAUAUAGCUUCGGACGUGGCGCUAAGGAUGCCGUACUUGUCGCAGCUGAGGUAU